GUCGUUCAGAAACUGUCCGGUUUGUUUGGAGUCACAUGAGAACAUGUUGGGGCAAGUAUCACCGGCGGUGAAAAUAAACAAAAUCUUUAAAUGUACUUUGAAGCUUUGGGCCCACUGUAGUUGUCUGUGGUUAUUUAGCUAAUAAGAUAUCGCCUUGUUGGCCAAUUGUGUGAAAAUCGCCAGAAUGUUCACUUUUAUACGAGUUUUGUCCGUCGGAGGCAUCAUUGUACCUCAAAGCACCUCCCUCCCUGUUCGCCACUUUUCUGCUUAUCAUUGUUUACGAGCGCCAAAAAGACGAAGUCCGUACAGUUCAGUGGACACAGAGCGCUACUCUUCUCUCGUGAAGUCCGUCAUGUCGACCAGAGUCAGUUCCCAAACUCCGGAGACCCUCCAAGCGGAAGACGACCAAAUUUAUGGACCUGUUGUCAAAGCUCAGACUCCUACAAAAGCAGAGACGAGGGUACCUAAAAUCCUCCAUCCAUUCUUAAACUGUCAAGAGCCUAUAGAAACAGAAGAGCCAGAAUCGGGACCUCCAGCUCGGAUUUUGUUAAACAGAGGGCAAGGCAGGUCUCUGGUACCAAGUGUGACCCGCAUCCUUCAGCAGACCCUCUCCCCAGACCAGAUCUUCUACCUGGAGAGGUGGAGGAAGAAGAUGAUUGCGGAGCUUGGAGAGGAAGGCUUCAAAGAAUACAGCCAAAAUUUAUUUAGGCAAGGGAAGCUUUUCCAUUCAGCCUUGGAGAAUGUUCUUACUUCACAUGCAACAUGGAAGGAUAGAAAUCCUUCAGAGUAUCCACCAGAGGUACAGGGAUACAUGCAGAGCGUCUCUGACAUCCUGGAGGACAUCCGAGCGGUGAGAGCUAUAGAAAGCACCGUACAGCAUGAAACACUGAACUACCUGGGAGUUGUGGAUUGCGUUGCUCGCUACAGGGGUGUACUAUGUGUUAUUGACUGGAAAACUUCAGAUAAACCCAAACCAUUCCUAAGCAACACGUACGAUAACCCUCUUCAAGUGGCGGCCUAUGCUGGGGCUUUGAACAGUGAUGCCAACUACAAGUACCAGGUUGAAAAUGGACUCAUUGUCGUGGCAUACAAGGAUGGCUCUCCUGCCCAUGCUCACCAGCUCAACUCAGAGCUGAUGUUGGAGUACUGGAAAACAUGGCUGCUACGACUCGAAGAAUUUACAGAACAAAGAUCCAGUUGUGCAUCAAGUGCAGAAAAGAGAUAAGCUGUAGAGACAAAAAAUCAAGCAUGUUCCAGAGCAAUAAGAGGGCCAAAAAAAGAGCUAUUAACACAUAGAUCUAGCUACUAUAUUUAUUCCAACUGUUUUCUGAAA